AGAUGUGUUUUAGUGCUUUAGUGAAAGUUGUGAUUUUUCUCACUUUUUUUCCUCAUCGUUCAUCAGCAGGAACUCACUCACUACAGGUCUUCUUCAAUCGAGCCAGAGAAAUCAACUUUCCAGAGUUCACGGCUGUCGGUUUGGUGGAUGAAGAGGAGAUUUUGUACUAUGACAGCACUGUGAGGAAGCUGAUGCCGAGAGCUGAAUGGAUGAAGAAGGUUGACGCAGAGAUUCCAGAUUUCUGGCCCAGAUACACUCAGAUUACUCAGGGCUUUGAGGAGACCUUCAAAGUUCGGUUGGCAACACUGAUGGAGCUCUUCAAUCAGACUAAAGGAGUUCACACGUGGCAGAGCAUGUUCAGCUGUGAGCUUGUUAUUGACGCAAUUAGAGGAUAUGAGCAGCACGGUUAUGAUGGAGAAAAUUUCAGGAGGGUCAGGGUCAGUACUUUACACACCCCCUCCACACUGAUACACCAACAUCAGCUUCGGAGGAUGGUCGUUUUCUCUACGUCUCUCGUCUCAUUCACAGUCAUGUCCCAGUUUGUGAUGCUUUCAAUUCUCUGUGCUGUGGGUUUGUUUGUGGAGACUUUCGGCUCAUUAACGUUGGAGGCUGAACCUGGAGAGAGAGUCACCAUGUGGUGCCAACAUGAGCUGAAUCGAGCAGCUAACAUCUACUGGUUCAAGCAGAACAGUUCAUCCUUACCGGUUCUGGUUGGAUGCAGGCUGUUUUUAUCUUCUGCUCCAUCAACAGAAUGUCACUUCCUUUCAGAAAAAGAAGGAAUCAUAAUGUCUCUGAAUGGGAGGAAUUCUUCUCUCACAAUCAGUGCAGUAAAUUUCUCUGAUUCAGGACUUUAUUACUGUGUGUUCAUACUACGAGAUCAAAUGAUGUUUGUCAAUGAAACUUAUCUACAAGUGAAAGAGAAAAAUGAAACAAAUCUUAAGAAAGCAGAAAGAAAAAGAGAUUUUUCCUCUGUCUUCUUCAUGGUAAUUGUGUUGAUUGUUGUAGCGAUUGUGAUUCUUCUCAGUUUCCUGAUCAUUAUACAGAAAUUCAGAAAAUCUCACACAGGUGCUGGAAAUGACUCUCAUAUGCCUAAGAAGAAGAACCGAGACUCUUUGAGUGAUGCUGCUCUACAUGUUGAUUAUUCAUGUGUUGUUUAUCAGCGAAUCCAAUUUCUGCCCGUCAAUCAUCCUCUCACUAAUGCUGGUCCCUGCUCCUGAUUGGGGAGGACGAUGCUGCUCCACGCCCACUCUGACACAUGCACAGCAAUCGAACAUCUUAUCACCUACACUUGAACUUGUCAAGUGCAGUGCAGUACAGCGCUGUGUACGGAGAGCCACACCCCCUACUGCACUCUGUGCAGGCGCCACCAACCAGCCAGCAGAGGUUGUAAUCGCACUAGUCUGAGAAAGAGUCAACAUCCGGCUUAGUCCUGCCCCUAUCGAACAACCGGCCAAUUAUUGUUCUUGAUGCCGUCAGCCACAGCCGGAAGGCAGAGCUGAUAUUCGAUGCGAUGUAUUCGAGAUCUCAGCUCUGGUGAACAGUGUGUGUUUUACCACUGUGCCACCUGAGCAGCCUAAGUACAAGUUUUAACAUAAAUACAUACAUAAAAACUAAACUUUCGUAAUUCCAUUUUGUUAAACAGCUGUACAUUUUUUGAAACUAAGUGGUCUAUAACAGAACUGAGAUCAGUUAAGCAGAACUUACAUCUUACAGUUAAUGGCAGAUCAUUAUUUUUGUAAUGAGUUUGAUUUGCUAACAGUUUGAAACCACAUUUCAAAAAAGCUGGCAAAGCACCAUUGGGUCACAAAUUGUUGUAGGUGUGAAUGUAUUUUUUUAUUCUUGUUUGAAUAAACUGCUCAGCAGUCAAUGAUCAAUUAGAGACAGGUCUGGAAUGCAGAUAGGCCAGUCUAGCACCUUCACUCCCUUACUACAAAGCCACACUCUUGUAACACACUCAGAAGGUGGCUUGACUUUGUCUUGCUAAAAUGAAUUCUCUGUACCCCUCAGCGGUGUCUUUACUUUACAGAUGUACAAGUUACCCAUCAUUUUCCAGUGUCCCAAAAACAUGAUGUUAUAGAUUUAAAAGCUUGUCAGACCACAUCACACAUUUCAACUUCGCAGUUCAAGUUCUAGCCCUGAGAAGUCAUCGUUUGUAAAUGUUGUUGAUAUUUGGCUUCUGCUUUGUGUAUUGCAGUCUGAAUUUGUAUUUGUAGCUGCAUUGAUGAACUGUGUUUAAUAACCAGGGUUUACUGAAGGAUUUCUGAGUCCAUGUCAUUUUGUUAAUUACAGACCCAGUUCAUUUUUAAUGCAGUGAUAAAACAUGCUUCUAAAACAUCAAACAGAAAAAAAAUUUCUUUUACCAUAACAAUAAAGUACCAAUGCAGCUGUAAAAUAAUUAGAAUGUCGAUUGUUUUAAAAUAUUUUAUGUAAAACAAUAAUAAAU